GUAGACCUUGAUAUUUAGUCAGCAAGAGGCAUAAAACUGAAAUGUGGCAGGGGGAGGGGGGGCUCUAAAAUUGACACGACAUUAGUCUGUUUUAGCAGAUUUUGUAGAAAUGUUUAGACAUUUAAACUAAUUUCGAAUGCAACUAAAAACGAAGUUGUAAAAAUGUCCCAUUAUAGGUCUAUCUGGGAGCUAACUCAGAUCUCUCCCUAUUUUUAAAAUGUGUGAUAAAAUGGCGACUUUAGCAUGGAAUAUUCGUAUAUUGAGAACGAAAAGAUAUUUGCUCGUGACUGAAUGUAUUAAUGUUGGAGCAUCUUCUAGAAAUUAUUUGAAAAGCUUUACAGUCAGUUCUAGGGAAAUUCCGGAGUCCAAUAGCAGUAGUAGGUCCAUUAAACUAUUAAUGAACAUAACACUGUACAAGAGUUUAUUUAAUAAUUUACAUUUACUAACAACCUUCAGCACUUCAGUGCGGUGAAUCAUGUAUUAGUAUUAGUUGCUAAUAUAAUUAAUAAUAUAUAUUUUAUUUGAUUCUGUCAUAGGCCAUUUUAUAGUACACAUUGAGUUGAUGUACAGGAAUAUUAUUAUGUGUAACUUUUCUCUAAUAUGCAUCUAAAAUGCCUUGCCUUGUAAUUGUAAUAGUUGUAAGCCUUGUUCGGCAAUCCUCCAAAGUCCGGUCCCAAAUUAUUUCCAAUGAUUAAUCCUUACUUAAAAGUCUUGGGCAUCAUUCUGUUUUGAACCUCAUGUUUGCGUUAGUGGACGAUGUUAGAUGGAGGUUGUUGGCCGUCCAGAUGCACAAACACUCAAGCGCAUUAUCACUAAUCAUGUGUUACCAGGAACAACUACCGUCACGGGCGCUUGGCGAGGAUAUCAAAAUGUCGGUCAGCUCAACAACGGGAUUUAUGCUCACGCUGUCAUUGUGCAGGAGCGUGAAUUUGUUGAUCCAGUAGACCAGGAGAUUCACACAGAAACUAUUGAAGGAUUUUGGAUGCAAGCAAAACGUAAACUCCACUAUCAGAGUGGUAGGCCCGCUAGUCGCGAUCUGUUUGCCAGCUACUUGGGGGCCUUUCAGUGGCGCAACAGUCACCAGCAGAAUGCUUUCGGCUGGUAUUAGCAAAUGCUAUGUGCCAAUGACAACAUUUAGUAUUUACUGACUGGUUUGUAAAGUGACAGUUAUUUGCAAAAGCUAUGACUAUGACUGACAUUUCUGCUGUUUUCUAACAAUACACACUGUGCAUUGCAGUUUUUUUCAGAGGAUUGCCCCUUGUUCCUUUCUUCGUAGGUCAUUUAUUAUCAAACCAGCCUACUCUUAUACCAGUGGUUCUCAACCUUUUUAGACCCUUUUAUACAGUUUCUUGUGUCGUGGCGACCCCCAGCCACAAAAUUAUUUUCGUUGCUACUUCAUAGCUGUAAGGAUAUGUGUUUUCAGUUGGUCUUAGGCGAUCCAUGGGAAAGGGUCCCGCGACCCCCAAAGGGGUCGCGACCCACAGGUUGAGAACCGCUGCUCUAUUACUCUAUUGUAAGUUUGCUGAAAUACUACCGGUACUACUUUUUCUGCUUCCCUUUAUCUUUUCAUAGCAUUUUUUAUUCUAUCCCCCUGUUCAUUAAUGUUGCUUUCCUUUUUAUUUCCUCCUGUGACUGUGAUGCUUCUAGUUGUGCCUCUACUUCAUUUCGGUAAGCUUUUGUCUUUGUGGUUUGUGGGUCUUUGGUAAGUUUUUGGUAAUUAUAUCGUUUUUCUCUUUGAUUUUGGCCUUUGGGAAUUAUGCUUAUUCUCUGCUUAUAUGUAACCCUUACAAGUAGAUUGUCAGAGUCUGCAUCUGCUCCUCGGUAGCUUCUUAAGCGUAGAAUGUCUGAUCCAUCCCACCGAUCGAUAAGAACAGGCCUGCACAACUCAAAAUGUAAGGCGGGCCGUAAUACUUAAUGAAAAGCUUGUGCUGGCCAAAAGAAAAUAGGACAAGGGGAAAGCUAUUAAGAAAAUAAUAAGAAUAAAGAAUAUUUCGUUACUUCGCUGGCCGCAAAGUGGGUGCUGGCACGCGUGCCAUAUGUUGUGCAGGCCUGGAUUAGAACAUGGUCAGUUUGGUUGCGAGCGAUUCCAUCUGUUGAUUCCAAAUAACUUUAAAAUUUAUGUAAAUUUUUGUGUGAAAACUUGCUGCUGCUGUCAUCCCUGUUCCUGAAGCAAAGUCUGUGAGUCAGAUUCCAUUGUCAUUGGAUUUUUUGUGCAGACACUCCUUGCCAAUAGUUGGUUUACAUACUUUUUCUUUCCCUAUUUUGGCAUUGAAGUCACCAAUCACUAUUUUAAUAUAAUGUUAUGGUGCCUUAUCAUAGAUCUUUUCCAGUGUCUCAUAUUCUCAUAAAAGGAUUCCUUUUUUUUUUUUUUUGAUCUUCUGUAUCUUAGGUGGGAGCAUGAACAUUUAGAAAUGAUGUUAAGCAUUUUUCCUUGCAAAUACAAAGGGCACACUUUUUCAUUCUCUGGUUUAAAACUAUAACUGCACCAACGGCUUCUCUCUUCCCAGCAAAUCCUUUUCCAAGAAAGUAUUGUGUAGACUUUUGUGCCUUAUCAUAGUUCUUUUCCAGUUUCUUUUAUUCUCAUAAAAGGAUUCCUUUUUUUUUUUUUUGAUCUUCUGUAUCUUAGGUGGGAGCAUGAACAUUUAGAAAUGAUGUUAAGCAUUUUUCCUUGCAAAUACAAAGGGCACACUUUUUCAUUCUCUGGUUUAAAACUAUGACUGCACCAACGGCUUCUCUCUUCACAGCAAAUCCUGUUCCAAGAAAGUAUGGUGUAGACUUUUGUCUUGAGGAUGUCUGCUCCAUGGAAGAUCAGUGUCUAUGCACAAGAAGCUAGGGUUUAGGGUACCGGUACAUGAUUACAGCUGCCUCUGCUGGAGUGUAUUGUACAUAAAAAAGGUUAUCAAUGACUAAAUUUUAACCCAACUGAGGGCUUAUUAGCCGUUUCCCCAUCAUUAGCUUUUUCUAUCUGAUGUAUUACUGAACUUAGGGAGAAUUUAAACACAUUAGGAUUUAUAGUGAUCAACAGCUCUGAGGAAACCUUUGCAAGAAGACACCAAUGAAGAUUCUCCUAUCUGCGUCAACAAAAAAAUAUAGGAUUUCAUUUUUCCCCUCGGGAUGGCGGUCAUAGUGAUCCGAAAUAAUUAUGAAAUAAUUGUUUUACAGUACUGUUUUUUUUUUUAAUUUGUCAUUGUUAGUCAUGACUCAUGAGCUUUACUCUAUAGCAGAGAUGUGCAACGGGUGUCCCACCAUACAAUUCUAGGUGUUCCAAAUUUCUUCAAGAGGAUGAAAAACACAUAAUUUUUUUUAAAACAGAGAUGUCAUGGAUGUGCUACAACAAAAUAACAAGCUUUGAAAUGUUGGAAGUCAAAUAGUACAGACUACAGCACAUCUGCAUGAUUAAAAUUAGCAGGUCAUUUGAAAAUUCACCAUCCAACGUGACUUCUUCUUCUUUCUUCUUAUGCUUUUUACCCCGUCUGGGACAAAGGCCAUCCACAAGAAUUUUCCACUCAUGAUGGUCCUGUGCUUUCCUUACCAUUUGCUUCCAGGUGUAUCCCAUAUGUCUGCCUCUAGCUUGCAUCUCCAUGUAUUCUUAGGCCCUCCUUUCUUUCCUUUUCCCUGUGGAUUCCGGCAUUGUCUGGUGAUACUAUCUGGGGGUUUUCGGAGAGUAUGCCCUAUCCACCUCCAUCUUUUCUUUAUGAUGUCUUCAUCAAUGGGCACCUGGAAUGUCCUUUCUAGUAGAUCUUUCUUAGUGAUGAUAUUUGGCCAUUUGAUGUUUAGGAUCUUUCUAAGGCAUGUGUUUAUGAAGGUCUGCACUUUCUGCCUAAUGCUCGCUGUUGUUUUCCUAGUUUCUGCUCCGUAUAGUAGGACUGUUUUGACAUUUGUGUUAAAGAUUCUGAUUUUGGUUUGCAGCUUCAGCUCCUUCGACUCCAAUAAUUUAUUAAUAGCACAAAUGCUGAUCUAGCUUUUCCAAUUUUAACCCUUACAUCCGCGUUGAAUUUGCCAUUUAUGUCAAUGGUGCUGCCUAAGGAUGUGAAGGACUCCACUUCUUCCAGUGCCUUUCCUGCCAGAGAGAUAUGCUCUUGGUUGGCUGAGUUUACCUUCAUGAUCUUCGUCAUGCUUUUAUUUAUAUUGAGUCAGAGCUGAAAUGGUGGCUAUGUCUUUUGUCUUUUCCCGCAUUUGUUGCUGGUUGUGGGACAGAAGUGCAAUGUCAUCUGCAAAGUCUAGGUCAUUCGGUUGUUCCCAGAGUGUCCACCAUAUCCCAUUCUUCUUUUUGUCUGUGGAUUUUUUCAUUAUCCAGUCAAUGGUGAGGAUGAAAUCCUAAGAACUCUGAAUGAUCCUGACUAGUUUCCCUGGUACUCCAUAGUGCUGAAGCAGUUUCCACAAGGUUUGUCGGUCCAGGCUAUCAAAGGCCUUUUCGUAGUCUAUAAAAUUUACAUAUAGGGGGGAGUUCCAUUCGAUGGACUGUUCUAAAAUGAUUCUUAGUGUUGCAAUUUUAUCUGUGCAUGAUCUGUUUUGGUGGAAGCCAGCCUGUUGAUCUUGUAGCUGCAUGUGGACCUGGUCUUUCAUUCUCUUCAAAAUAAUUCUGUUAAAGAUCUAACCUGGUACAGACAGCGGUGCUACUCCUCUGUAAUUUGCACAAUUGCUGAUAUCCCCUUUCUUUGGUAUCUUGAUGAGGUAACCCUUACAAUCUUUGGAACUCUCUCUUCUUCCCAUAUUUUUUCAAACAGAGGGUAAAGCAUGUUUACUAUUGUAUCUAUAUCAGCUCUCAUCAUCUCUGCUGUGAUGUUAUCCGGUCCCGGUGCUUUCCCUAAUUUGAGCUCCUUGAUGGCCAGAGCUAUUUCCUCCUUAUUUGGCUGUCUUUCUUCUAUUUGUAAGUCUUCAUUUGCUGUUUGUAUGUCUGGUUGAUGGCCAGAGCUAUUUAUUCCUUAUUUGGUGGGCUUUCUUUUAUUUGUAAGUCUUCAUUUGCUGGUUUGUAUGUCUGGUGUGUCUGUGGGUGGGGGUCUGUUUAAUAGUUGCUUAAAGUAUUCCACUCAUCUUUUUGUUGUUCUUUCCUUUCCGUUAUUGAUCUACCUUCUUUAUUUUUUGACAGGUCUUUCCGGCCUUUUGUAUCUUCCUGACAGCUUCCUUGUUAUGUCAUAGAGCUCUUUCAAGUUGUCCUUUCUGGCUGCUUCUUCUGCUGGUGCGGCUGCUGAUAACUACACUUUUUAUUUCUUUUCUCUCUUUUAAUUUUUACAGUGUGUUAAGUGAGAGCUAAUCUUUGUGUUUCUGCUUCACUGAUCCUAAAACCUCUUGGCAAGUGGAUGUUAUAGACGUCUUUAUAUUUUGCCAUUUAUGUUCUACUUGGUUAUCUUCUACCUUCUCUUCCAGUGCUUGAAACUGAUUUCCUAAGGUAGCACUGAAUUCCUCUCUUUUCUGCUCAUUUGCCAGAAGUGCUUCAUUGAAAUUUUUUUCGCCUAGCAGUUCCCAAUUUUUCUUCAACUUUAACUUGAGUCUUGCCCAAACAAGAUGAUGAUCAGAUGCGACAUCAGCUACUCUUUUUGUUUGUACAUCUUGUAGAGACCUUCUAAAUUUUUUGCUAAUAUGUAUGUGACCUAUUUGGUUUUGCGUUUUGUUGCCCGGGAUACCCAUGUUAUUAGUUAUCUUGUGGAUGUUUUUUAUGUUGAAAUUCGCUGACUCCAAAAACUACCUCAUUUGUUGUGCAGAAGUCUGCUAGUCUUUCACUGUUCUCAUUCCUCUCUACUGCACCAUGGCGUCACAUAAUUUUCUCAUACCCACUGUUUUCUUUUCCGAUCUUGGUGUUUAGGUCUCCCAUUAAUAUGUUUAGAUCUCUACUUGGGAAAUUUUUCUAUUAUUGCUUGUAGUCUAUUGUACAAUGUUUCUUUCUUGUCUUCUUUGCUAUCAUUGGUGGGUGUGUAACAUUUUUUUUAUGUUCAUCUUUAUUUUCUUUUUCUUGGUUCGGAAAGUUGCUGUUAUUAUUCUUGGUCCAUGGGCUUCCCAUCCCAUCAAUGCCUCUUGUGCCAUCCGUGACAACAUAAAAGCAACUCCUUGCAUGUGCAGAGCAUUUUCCUCCUCAUGCCCUGAAUACAUCAGCAUUUCCCAAGACGCCAAAGUUAUUUGUCCAGUUUGUAUCCAUCUUGUUUCACAGAUGCCAAGCAGAGUGAGUUUGUAAGUUCUUAUUUCUGCUGUGCUGCUUUCCCUGUUUCAUACAUGGUUCUGACGUUCCACUUGCCUAUGUUUGUUUCCUUAGAAAGGAGGGUCUUCGACUUUAAGGCUUCCAGUAUAGCCUGGGUUUGGCCACAAGGCUUCAUAGCUCUUCUUGAAGAAGAAGAGCCCUCUAUUCUCAGUGCUGAAAUUUGUUGCUUUUUUUCUUGUUGACGUUUCUGUAGCAAUUUGUUUUUACGGAUGAGGUAGCUGGCCUCACGCCAACCCUUCCUCUUUUGCACCCGGGCUUGGGACCGGCCUUGGCGGAGUUCCAAUGUGACUUCGCCGAUUAAAAUAUCUCCCUUUCACUUGGGCCUUUCAUCAUUCACUUUCCAAGCCUGUACUUCGUAAUUCUUCGACUAGGUGUUGAUUGCUGGUUAUUUACUUUUUUUAAAACUGCUGAGGUAACAUUUCCUCAACGAUAAAUGGCAAAAAAAAAACCAAAGCAACACAAAGCCCCAUCCUGUCCAAACUGAAGGUAACGAAGAUCUAUUGUCUGAUCUCUUGAUAUAGGCAAACAAGUGUUUAUCCGGGGACAUGUACCAGUAUGCAGUUUUUACAUUUUUAAAAAAAUAUUUUCCCUAUAAUUCUGUUCUGGAUAUAUUCCAGUGGAAAAAAUAUUUUCUACUGGCAUCUUCCUUACUUACUCAUGCUUUUACCCGCCUGGGGCAUCGGCAGUCUACAAGAAUUUUCCAUUCCUUUCGGUCCGGGGUUUUCCUUUCCAGUUGCUUCCAGGCCUAGCCCAUAAUUGAUGUGUUUGCCUCUAGCUCGCUUCUCCAUGUAUUCUUAGGCCUUCCUCUCUUUCUUUUUCCCUAUGGAUUCUAUGUAAGGGAUUGUCUGGUGAUUUUAACUGGAGGUUUACAAAGAGUGUGCCAUAUCCGUCUUUAUCUUGUCCUUAUGAUGUCCUUAACAAGAGGCUCUUUGUAUGUCCUUUCAAGUAAGUCUUUGUUGGUGAUGGUGUUUAUCUAUUUGAUGUUCAGGAUCUUUCUAAGGCAAAUGUUUAUGAAGGUCUGAACUUUCUGUGUGAUGCUCACUGUUGUUCUCCAAGUUUAGGCUCCAUAGAGUAGGACUGUUUUGACAUUUUUGUUGAAAAUUCUGCCUUUGGUUUGCAGUCAGUUCCUCUGACUCCCAAAUUUUCUUUAAUGGAAAAAAUGCUGACCUAGCCUUCCCAAAUCUAGCCCUAACAUUCAUUAUCAGCUUUGAAGAAAAUAUUUAAGCAAAUAGCUCAACUACCAAAUGUGUGCCAUUUAUUAAUUUUAAUAAUAAAAGGUUUUGACAGGAAAUUUUUUAAAAUUGAUUAAAGUAAAGGCAGUUAAAAUAAUUUGUUUUAACUUUCUCUUGAUAGGCUUGGAUGCUGAAGAAAAAAGUCUGAUUGAUUCCUUGAGAAAUGUAUCACGAAUGUCUUCAAACCACCUUAAGCAAUACCAUCGUCAGCCCCCUGAGCUUCCAUACAAAGAUAUUAUCCAUAGAAAAAAACUUUAUGCCUUAUAUGGGUCAGCCUCUGGGGAGGAUGCAAGAAUAUUGUGGCCAUCAAGAAAACAGUUGAUUGAUAAAGAACUUGAAGAAAAAGAAGAAGGGUGCUCUUUAUUUGAUCGAUUAGCCCAGAUAGAAGUUGAGAAACAAGAAAGAGAAACAGCAUUGAAAGAAAGGUUUGUCAAGAAAAAUAAAUUUUUAAAAAUUCAGUUUGGGUUGGGUACCGCAUCAGAUAUUUAUUGCUUUACAUUCCUAGUGGAUAAUUUUAUCGGAAUGCAAUAAUGUUCCGCCAAAAUAAAAUAAAAAAAGCAUAUAAUUUUCUUUAAACAGAUUUGCUUGUUGGGCUGAUUAAAUUAUAAAUAAUAAAAUUACUAUUAGUACCCUCAAAUGUUUUAGGUUUUUUUUAAAGAUACCAGUAAAACUUAGCAAGCUACAGGUGAAUUUAUUUGAAUCUUUUUUUUUUAAUGGAAAAGGGAUAAUAAUAAUAAUGUACCUUAUUAUUGUGUUGAUGAUGAUUUUGCAUCAGCAUGGUCAUGAAUGAUAACUGUUUACUGUUAAUAGUAAUAGUGUUAGGUACUGGUAAGUACAGCAACUAAAUUACAGCCAGGCAUUCUUUAAAAAUAGGCAUGAUAAUAGCCUCUCAUGGAUAUAUAAAGGAAUUGUUCAUAUAAUAAGGGGACAUGUGCCAACAAUAUGUUCCUCCUCCAUUGUCCACAUGUGGCUUACACUUAACACAAACACUCUUUUGGAUGUCAGCAUGAUGCAGGGGUCAUCAAACAUUUUAAACGGCGGGCUGGAUAAGGGAAAAAAUGACUAGCGCGGGCCGGAUAAUAAUUCUGUACAAAACUUGCAAGCCAGAACAAACGCUCUUGGAAAAAAAAUACGAAAAACUAAGUUUAGUAUUUCAUGCUAACCAUGGGUGAGUGGCGUGCAAUGCAAAAAAAGCAAAGAUAACCAACAAAUUUAUUUACAAAGUUAGCAAAGAAGGCGACGUUAGCAAAAAGGUAGUUACGUCAGACUUAGUGCGCAAAUAUUCAAAUCUGACAAACUAAGCAGCAAAAAGGUUAGUGAGAUUUAUGAAACUGACGUUUGGCUUUCAAGAUAUCAUCACAUCAAUGUUUGGUUUGGAAUUGCUGCAUCCAAUCAAAAGAAUUGUUUUCAAAUUUUCAUCAAUCUCUCUCAUUCCAUGUGUUGACUUCACAUACUUUCUUUUUGAAAAUGUUUGCUCACAGACAUAAGUUGUUCCAUGCAUGCUACAAACGGAUGCCAAAUCUUCGGUAAUCUGAAAGUCCGAAUUGACACCACAAAUAAACACAAGAAGUUGUAAGAGAUCAGUAGACUCAUCUAGUGGCAGAGAAUACCACAGCAAGUUCCUAGCGUUCUCACGUAUUUGUAAAUGUAGCACUAUGCUAUGUUCUCUCCAAGUUCUUCUGUUCUCCGCACAACUGAACUUGCCGAAGGGCUGUUAGUUCCAACCGCAGCGACUACAAUUUUUGACGUCGCCGUAUGAUUCCAACACUCCUCUUUCUUUGACCCAUUUCCAGUUUUUAAUAGUUAUUAGACUAUAAUAUAUUAGCGGGAAUAGGCGUAGUGGAAAUUUAUUCUUAUUUUAUAAUUCUUUUUUAAACCAGCUUUUCCUAAAAACAACAACCUCGAGUUACUUGGUAGGUUUUUUAAAUGAUGUCAUCAUUUGUUAAUUAAUUCUUCAUCUUGUUUUAUGCUGAUCUGAUUUCGAGUUUGAACCACGUUAAAUUUCACCAGAACAGACUGUGAUAAUGUGAUCUGUGCGUCCACUCGAUAUAAAUUAAUAUCAAUAGCAAAUAAACGUCUGCAAAACAAAGUGAACUCAGAUUGUAUUAUAGACGUCGGUCUUCUACUUUUAGUAGUUUUUUUUUUUUUACGCCAGCCUCGAUUCCAUUAGGCACUGUGAUGUGCGUAAUUAUUGUAUUCAUUUAACAUACAAUAUGUUUAUUUAUUUACUAUUAAGAUACUGUAUUGUACGAUUUUGAGACGAUAUUGUACGAUUUUAGGAGUUUGAGGGUAAAUAGCGAUUUUAGGAGUUUGAGGGUAAAUAGGUCUGUAAAAAAAAGAAACUCUAGAUACAAUAAUUUAAAUGUGAAAAAGGUAAAUUAAGGCGCAUAGCAGCCAGGAGGUCUCCGCACGUAUGAAGAUCUCCCAGUAUUCUAAACUUAAUAUUAAAAUUUAAACUGUAUCACAUCUCAUGUUCCAUACGUUUUAUCGAGCAAGUUCAAGUACCGUCGGCUGGCCGAAUGUACUGGCCUCGCAGGCCGGGCCAUAGUUUGGUGACCCUGGCAUAAUGGAUUACACACUGCAAAAAUCCAGCAAGUAUAAUGAUUAUAGGUAGCUAAGCCCCCUAGACUUAAACUUCUAUUAUUGUAGUCUAAUCAAUUGAAUCAUGGUAUUAGUCACAAGACCUGAAAAUUAUUGAAAAACAAAUAAUUUAAAUGCCAAAAUUCACAUUUUUAAAUUUUGUUGGUUAACUACAUAUUUAGAGUGGUCCCCUUUUGAUUAACUUCUUGAUGGUUUAAGAUUAUAAUUACUAAGCAAUUUUGCAAAUAUUUAUCUGUGAUAAUCAGCCAUAAAGGACAUCAACAAUUUAAACAUACUGGAAUACACUCUGUGGGUCUAUUGCUUGAUGACAUUCCCAAGAUCCUUCACACCUCCCCCCACCCUUUUUCAAAAUUUGAACAAGCCCUCCCUCUCCCCAUCUUUGUGAACAUCCUUUAUGAGCUACCCCAUACCUUCUUUAAAAAAGCAUUAGGUCUUCCUGUACACUAUAUUCUGCCAAUAGGGUGCCAUUAUUCUAAAUCUUCGUGUUUUAUAGCAGUGGAAAGAGUGUACUGUAAUGUUUCUUAUCUGAUACCAUACAUAAUAAAUUGAUUUAGUCCUUUAACUGGCAUACUUAUAUUUACAAUAUAAAAAGAGCCCUAAGGUACUGCAACUAAAAAAAAUUAAAGGAUGCAAAGAAGUUAAAAUAAUAAUGUAAAAUAAAGAUUUUAUUCUCACUUAAACUUUUUUGUUGAAUUGUCUUUUUUUUAUCCUUUAGACACAAAUCAGUUGAAAAAAAUAUGGCUCAAAUGUCAAAAUGGAUUGAAGGAUACAAAAAGAAGCAAGAAGUCUCAGCUAAUGAAGCAAAGGCGAGGGCGGCUAAAAAGGAAGCUUUGCUGGAAGAGGCAAGAGACUAUUUUGGCUACAAGAUUAUGGCCAAUGAUCCUAAAUUUGAACAGAUGAUGUUGGAGAAAGAAGAAAAAGAAAAGAAAGAAGCCAAAAAAAUGAGAAAGGAGGCAAAGCUGAAAAAGCAGGCUGAUAGAUUGGUGGAUUCAAAAGAGAAACCAGUAGAAAGUAAAAAUACAUAGUCAUAGCCUCCAGUUUUUACUCUUCACUUUUCUUAAAAGGUACGGGGGUAUUUCUAUCAAAAGAAUUUUUCAUUCACAAGCAGAGCUAAGCUUUUCAACAAAAAUAGGCAAAAAGCUUGGAGAAAAAACAACUAUUUGCACUGCUGCAUUAAAUUUAAAUAAAUAUUUAUAAACUGGUGAAGUUUUCAUUUAGUUUUAAAUUCUUAUUAUGUUUUGUUAUUAACAUUAAUUAUGUCAUUUUCACUUUUGAACAUUUUAUCUUAGUUUUGUAAGA